AAGAUGUUGCUUCUCUGCAUGUGCAGGCAGGGGUUAAGCAUUAUGAAUUUGCAAUACCCAGCCAGCUUUCCCAUAUAAGAGCACUGCACUCAUUGGCUCUCAGUUUUACUGAGAAAUCCAUCUAGUCAUUUCCUGUGCAAACCCUUCUUCACUUUGCAAAAACCUGUACUGUUGAGUGAAUAACAGUCAGUGGUUAUUCCUUCUCACAGGCAGCCUGGAUUCCCUCAUGGACCACCAACGAGGAGUUCCAUGUUGCGGCGUUGAUAGAAAGUGCUGAUAUGAGUAUGGUCGUCUCUGCAGAAGAGGGCUCUCACCCAUGGAUAUAAACAAUUUGAGGUCUUCAGGAAAUGCUUCCAUGCUUAUUAAGACUUGCUGGUAUUUGAUUUGGUUUCUGCUGAGAUAUUAUUUAGCCACUGGAGGAUCAGUUGGGACUCCCUGUCAGAUCAGUUCUUGGGUGGAGCUUGCAGCAACUCAGGACUAUCUGUACUAGACUGACAAUAAUUCUCUUGAGUGCUGAGAAGAGAUGAAAACUGCAGCUGAGAAAUGAUUUCGUGGAAAGGAAGCCAGAAAAGCACAAGCGAACUAUUACGGAAAUACAAAUAGCCCUCUAUUUGUAGAGGAUCAGCGAAUGUACCAGAUUAGUCUCCUGGCGGGCACAUCUUUGGUGAUCUGCAAGACCAUCUCUACUAGAAAUGGAUAAGUUCACAAAUGGGCAGCCUGGCCCGGGACAGAGAAACAGAUUGAUGGGACUGCUAGAAACGGAUGACAGUAUCCAGGAAGAUAAACCUGCAUCUAGUAAAAAGGAAGAAAGAAUAGGGCUACGUGGAAAGAAAGGAGAGCCACGGCCCUUGGAGACACCUUAUCAGAAGGAGAGCAGUGACUAUGCUCCUAAAAUCAAAAUUAAUCUGAACUUUAGGCCAGGGCUUGUCAGCAACCAAAAGGACCCCAAUCGCUUUGACAGAGACAGGCUCUUCAGCGCAGUCUCAAGGGGCAGCCCCGAGGCACUGGAUGGCUUACUCGAGUACUUAAGGAGGACUUCCAAAUUUCUCACCAAUUCUGAAUACACAGACGCAAAGACUGGGAAGACCUGCUUAAUGAAAGCCCUGCUGAAUUUAAAAAAUGGGAGGAAUGACACGAUCCCAGUUUUGCUGGAAAUAGACCGAAAGACAGAGAAUCCCAGGCCGCUUGUCAAUGUUGCGUGCUCUGAUUGUUACUACAGAGGCCAGACAGCACUCCAUAUUGCCAUAGAGAAGAGGAACCUGGAUGUAGUGAAACUUCUAGUAGAGAAUGGAGCUGAUGUCCAUGCCAGAGCCCAUGGUGAAUUCUUCAAGAAAAAGAAAGAGGGAAUUUGCUUUUAUUUUGGUGAACUUCCCCUCUCCUUGGCUGCUUGUACCAACCAACCUGAGGUGGUGGAAUAUCUUCUAAACAAUCCCCACCAGAAAGCCAGGAUCCAGGAGCAGGAUACACAGGGCAACACAGUGCUCCACGCCCUGGUGAUGAUUGCAGAUGAUACCGAGGAGAACACCAAGUUUGUGAACACAACAUAUGUUGAGAUCUUGAAGGCAGGUGUGAAGGUUGACCCAGCAUGCAAACUGGAGGAGAUAGUGAAUUAUGAUGGAUUAAAUCCUCUGCAGCUUGCUGCCAGGACAGGCAAAGUGGAGAUCUUCAAACACAUCGUCCAAAGAGAGAUCAAAGAUCCAGCGUACAGGCACCUGUCACGCAAGUUCACUGAAUGGACCUAUGGACCUAUCCAUGUGUCUCUCUAUGACUUGUCCUCUAUUGACAGCUUUGAGGAAAACUCUGUGCUGGAGAUUCUGGCCUACAGCAGUGACACACCAAAUCGGUACAAGAUGGUGGUUUUGGAGCCACUGAACAAACUACUUCAGCACAAAUGGGAAACAUUUGCUUCCAAGAGAUUCUACUUCAGUUUUCUUUCAUACUUGUCAUUCAUGAUCAUCUUUACAGCUAUUGCCUGCUAUCAGCCUUUACGGGUAAAGCCUUCAUUUCCAGUGGAGUUCACAGCUGGAGGCUUCCUGUGGGUCUCUGGACUGAUCAUUAUCUUGCUAGGAGGCGUUUAUCUAAUUUUUGCUCAGAGUCUGUAUCUGCGAAGGAGACGCCAAUCUCUGAAGACUAUGUGCUCUGACAGCUCCAUUGAGAUCUUGAUCUUCAUCCAGGCAUUCUCAUUGCUGUUGUCAGCAGUGCUGUAUGGUGCAAGUUCAGAAAACUAUGUAGCAGUGAUGGUUUUCUCUCUGCUUUUGGGAUGGGUGAACAUGCUGUAUUACACUCGGGGCUUCCAGCGCACUGGGAUUUACAGUGUCAUGAUACAGAAGACUAUCCUGAGAGAUCUGCUGCGUUUCCUCUUGGUUUAUAUGAUCUUCCUCUUUGGCUUUGCUGCUGCUCUGGUUACUCUGAUGGGGGAGGCUCCUGUGGUCUCUCAGAACAAGUCUGUUGCUCAGAUGGAGGAUGCUGGGAACCAUGCUAUGUACGGUGGGCUAUUUAGUGUUUCUCUGGAGCUUUUCAAGAUCACCAUUGGGAUGGGCGACCUGGAGUUCCAGGAACAUGCCAGAUUCAAAUACUUCGUGAUGCUUCUGCUGCUUGUCUUUGUGAUCCUCACUUACAUUCUUUUGCUCAACAUGCUGAUCGCACUCAUGAGCGAGACUGUCACUGAUAUUUCUGGCUAUAGCAAAAGCGUCUGGAAGCUGCAGAGAGCUAUUGCUAUUCUGGAAAUAGAAAAGGCCUGGCUGUGGCGCCAAGGUGGAAAGAGGAGAUCUGGCUGCUUCCUUUCAGUGGGCCUCAAUAAGAAAGAUGAGAGAUGGUGUUUCAGAGUAGAGGAAAUUAAAUGGACGAAUUGGGCAAAGGAGGUGGGAGUUCUUAAGGAAGACCCUGGUAACUCCAGUGAUUCAGAAAUAAAUCCAGAAGAGACAAGAUCAUGGAAACGGAUGCCACAGAAACAACUGAGAUCAGCUGUUCCAGAGGAGCAGUCACUAUUGCAGCCCCAGCUAUCAGCAACUGAGAUGAUGCCUCUAGAGGGACAAACCAGAAAUCUUUAGCAGGAUUUCUGGAUUGCAGCCUUGCUCCCAUCUGCAAAGGAGUUCUUCCUAUAAUGGCUGGAAGAAUUGAAGGCAUUAUCAGUAUUAACAUGCAUUUCGUCAAAGACUGGUUCAGCCUGUGGCUUUAAAUAUUUUCAUGCACUUUAUUUCCUCUGAAGAAAUGAUUUUUACUCAACUUUCUUUGCCUGACACUCAUUACAAUGUCUAAACGUGCGAGAACGAGGGCAAAAUCAUAGGGGCAGUGGGGAGUGGUUUGUGUCAGGGAAGGCAGUGCUUUGUGAGCUGUAUAGAAAUAAUGCUGUUUGCCAUAAAGAAGCAAAGGAUUGCGUGACCCAUUUAAGAACAGGCUGACUGUUAUCCUCAUGUCACAAGAGGUUGCACUGAAGUGCUUUGGAAUAAAGAGUGUUGUAAAAGCAUAAAAUAUUGCUAAGUAUGGAGAUGGCUUCUGUGCAAAACACUGAUGUGAGAGAUGUGUGGACAAAUGUUCAGGCUUCAGUCAUCAAGAGCCACAUAACAGUCUUUGUCUCAGUAGCUGCAGUGCUGGGCGUUUAGACUGUAUCAGAAUUCCCAUUUUACAGGAAGGUAAUAAAAUCAUUUGCACAAUGUGCAUGUUUUCUUAACAGCAUAAGUGAUAUGGAUUUCUUGAAAUUGUAACUUAGUAAGGCAAAUUUCUGAAACAUCUGUCUUCUGAUUUUCUCUAUAGAAGAUAGCAGUGGAAUCCUACAUGUAUGGUUUCUGAAAGAUAGUGGGCCAAAAUGUGUAAUGUGGUUAACAUUUCCUCUCAGUCUUAGUGGGUUUAUCUUGCCCUAAAUGGCUGCAAGGACUUCAUUGUUCUUUGUAAUAUGCAAAGAAAAAAAUGAGCUGUCACACUUUCAGCCCGUGUUUAAAAACAAUGCUUGAAGUAUUGCUGUAAACUGUCAGUAUAGCAAUUUUACUUAAUUGAAAGUGCUCAUCCUUGGAUUUUAAGACCUUCAGUGUCUCAAAAGGAAGAGAUGAUGUGAUCGGUGGUGACUACAAAGCAUUAUCAAACUGCCGAUUGCAGUUCAUGCAUCAGUGUGCUGACCUUACUGCCAUGCUACUCAACUGUUGUUUUUCAUGACCUCAUGUCAGUUUAUGCAGCCACAUCCAAGCCUAGCCCUGGUUUUGGAUAGUGGGAAUGGUUAGGGAUAACCCUGAAAAAGCUGCAGACUGAAAAUUUUGGCAACAUCUUCCCUUCAGUAAGAUAAACUGUGCAAACCUAGAUGCUCCUGUCUGGUCUGAGCAAGUGAAACUAGGAGGCCUAUCUUUUGGAGAUGACCAUUUUAAUUCCGUGGCUUACUACUUUCACAUGACUGACAACAAAAGCAUUGCUGUUAAAAGUUGUUCCCUGCCCAGCAUUUCCAACAGGUUCUUCCCCUGCGCCGGACACUGGCCUCUGCAGCUUCACUGCAUUGGGUUUCUGAGUUAUAACUGAAUUCUCUCACUCCAGCUUCUGCUGUUUCUUGCUUUGUGAAGCCUCCAGCUUCUUUUUCCAUCUAUGGCUUUGUCCUAAAUGUUACCGAGAUUUGGCAAGGUGUUCAAGUUGCACAAAAGGAUUGGCCAACACGUGGUGAUCUAUUGCUGUGCUUGAUGUUAUGUUGUGGUAGGGACACUUGGAGAAUCUCAAGAAAUGCAGAAUGAAAUCUGCCAUCUCUGCCUGGAGUCUUAAUAAACAACAAAACAGAAA